AAGUGAGUCACCGCCGCUCUCCCCUAUAAAAGCACGGAGACUGCAGACAGAUCACACAAUCUGUUCUUUCAACACGCUCGCAGGGAGUGUUCGUGCGUUCCUGCUCCCUUUAGGCGCCAGACAAAGGUUCACCAUGUCCAUGUCCCAGGUGUGGCACACUCAGGUAGCCUCUCCCACAGAGCCUCCUGAUGGGAAAUCCAUGGAAGGCUCCGAUGGGACUUCCAUUGAAGGGUUGGAGUGCACCAUCUGCUUCAGCUCCUACGACAACACCUUCAAGACCCCGAAGCUGCUGGAGUGCCAGCACACUUUCUGCUUGGAGUGCCUGUCGAGGCUAAUGGCUACAAUGCCAGCCGAACAGGCUGGUGACAUUGUCUGCCCCCUCUGCAGGCACCAAACGGCAGUGCCCGACAAUGGGACUCCUGCCCUCCAAACCAGCCAGGACCUGCUCGCCAAGCUCCCUCCUCAACUACAACUCGAAGAAUCCGUGUGGGUGGAGGGCAAGAAACUCUGCCGUAAAAAGAGCUCGGCCGAUUCUGGUAACACCGACCUUUGCAUUUGCAUUGAUAUUGGUGAGGACAAACAAGAGAAUUCAUCUCCUGAACCAGAAAGCAACAACGGAGGAGAACAUUGUUGUUCCUUCCUUGGUGACUGGAAGAGACUAGUUCUACUUAUGGUGGUGCUAAUUAUGUUCGCUGGCAUCGUGCUAUGGCCAGUCCAAUGUAUGCUUGUCACAGAAAACCUGAGCUGUGCUCCCAACCAUCCAAAUACAACACCUGAGCCAAUGAGCACACUUCUUCCAUCCACCAUCACCUUUCGACACAGUUAACCAGAAGGAAGAAUUCCACACAUGAUCAUUUUCCUCAGGGUUGAAGGAUUCCCAAAUGGGAAACCACAGCUGCUCUGUAUGUCGUCUCAAACUAAUUGCAGCGAUACCGAAGUGAAGUUUCCCAUCGAGGGAGACAAUUGAUUUUACUGUUUACUGACUUUGCCAUUUGCAUAUAUAAUGAUCCAGAUGGAAAAACACGAACAUAUAUUGACCACAGUCAGAUACUUGAGGGCUAAAUGAGGCAUCGGCUGGUUUGAUGUUCUUCCUGCUGCAACAGAUUGACUGAAAUCAAUUUGCUCAUUCCUGUGCUAACCUAUGUGUUUUCUCAAAGUUUUAUUUGAGAAUAGAUCCACUCCAGAGAACACCCAAGAUCUAUAAAUUAUAUUCAUUAAUACUUGUUUGGACAGUGAUAUGUAAGCACUUUCAAUACGUUGUUAUUUGGAAAAUGUGCAAAUCUUUAUAUUUACGGAGAAAACCUCUGGUUUAGAGGACGAGAGAAUACGGAAUACAGUUGUAACCUUGGUAUACAAGGCAACAAUGUGCAACGUCGGUAAAAUGAAGUAAUAUUGAUGCAAAAUUGAUCAUUUUCUGAAGAAUUUUGUGAGGACGGCAGGGAAAGGUUUGGAAAAACCCUAAACCUACUGCCUGAUAAAUUUAACACACAUAAAAUGCGAGAGGAACUCUGCAGGCUAGGGAGCAUCUAUGAAAGUCAACGUUUCAGGCCAAGAACCACAGUCUUGAUGAAGUGUCUUGGCCCAAAAUAUUGACUGUUUAUUUCUGUUUAUACUACCUAGUCCCAUUUACCCAUACCUGGACCAUAACCCUCCAUAGUGUUCCCAUCCAUGUACUUAUCCAAACUUCCCUUAAAUCUUGCAAUCAAACUCACAUCCGCCACAUCUGCUGGCAGCUUGUUCCACGCUCACACCAACUCCUGACUGCAGUUCCUUCUCGUGUUUCCCUCUCACCCUUAACUCAUGACCUCAAGUCCUAGUCUCACCCAACCUCAGUGGAAAAAGCCUGCUUGCAUUAACCUGAUCUAUACCCCUCAUAAUUAUGUAUACCUCUAUCAAGUCUCCCCUCAGUUUCCUACACUCCAGAGAAUGAAGUCCUAACUUAUUCAACAUUAUCCUAAAACUCAGGUGGCAAUAUGAAACAGUUCUUGACGGGAUGAGGUGAGACUCCAAACGUAGCAUUCCACACACUGUCCUUUGGACUGUUAAUGCCAAAUUAUGCUUAUGGGAUAUUUCUGAAUCAGAGAGCCAGUGAAAGACAAAGCUGGUGUAACUUUCCAGUUUUGCAAUGAGAUACCUUAAAGCUUGUUCCAUGGGGAAGCCCCAAACCAGCUGUGAGAACUCAUUGCAAAUCUGUAUCCUGCCUAUCCAGGAUCACCUGAGGCUUUCUUCAUGAUCGUUCCAUUAAAUUCUUGUCACUGGCAAGCCUUUUUUUUAACAUGUACUUCACGUUCUUGAUAUUGAUGAAUUAUGUAUAUACUGUAAAUGAUGUAUAAUAAACUUUUUUAAUAGC